GGAAGCAGGAUCAGCCCUUCUCCUCUCAGCAUCAGCCCUUCUCCUCUCAGCAUCUCCUGUCUUGUAUCAUCAGAUGCUGAGCACCAAUGCGGCAGAUCUGGGCUCCUCUCACUGACAGCACCGGGGCCAGGAAUGCAUCUUCACCGGGGCAAAGAGGCCAGACACAUCUGAUCCUCUAAUACCAAACCUCCCCUGAUCCAGAAGCAAUAAGCAGCCUGAACCUCCUGCGGGAAAGCCUCACAUCUCCGCUGUCUGUGGCUGAGGUUCUGCAGCCUCCUUUGUGUAGGUGGGAUAUCUCUAUUUUUGAUGUAUUUGCAGACCAAUGAAUUAUUCUGUGCUGCUGCUGCCUCCAUCCCUGUGCUCCUGCAUAUACACCUGACUGUAUUGCACCUGCAAUCCAGAGAUACACCAUUUGCAGGCAACGUUUCUUAUGGCAGAGAGCAAAACAAGGACAGAUCAAUAAAGAAGAAGAACCCUCUGUUGGAAGUGGUGGAGGGAGGGGCAGUUUUCAGGCAGUUCCCUUUUUUAUUCCCGGUAACAUCUGCCCCCCCUCCUGUCUGCAGUCGACAUCUCUGAAUAAGGAUUGCAGGAAGACCCUGCGCUGGACAGAGCUGCAUCUGUGUGUCUCUCCAUCCUCUGAGAUUCUGCCCCACAUCCUCAGCAAACUAUUCUAUUUAUUUCAUCAAUGCUUUGAAUGGACAUUGUGCACUGGGGGAGCCGGGGAAGCAGCUGAUCACAGGAUACAGAGCAAUCUUAUUUGCAGGGGGCAGCACCCCCCUUCCCCCUGCCCUGUUUAGUAGCAUCUUUGCCCCUGUCAGUGUACUGUCUUCAGGGGGGAGCUGCGUGUGUCCUGCAAUGCAAGCAACAAAGAGACCUCAGUCUCAUUCCUCAGCUUGCUAUUAAUCAGCCAAGAGCAAGAGUGGAAAUUUAUUGGACUAAUUGCUUUCCCCAGAGGCUCCUCGGACUCCUCCCAGUCCUGGUAUUGCUUGUCAAGACCUCUGCUAGCCAUGGGCACCGUCCUCUCCCUGUCGCCAGGCUCUCGGAAAGCUAGCCUCUAUGACGACGGCCCAGGAUCCCUGGCUCAUUAUAACAACGUUAGCAAGGGCAGUGGGCAGAAGCCCGAAAAGACAUUGAAACGGCACUCUAUGUUCAUUCCUGCCCUCACCUGGAAGAGGCUGGUGGCCUCCACCAAGAAGAAGACCUCCAGGAAGGGAACUGUCAAUAGCAAUUACCAGAAGGAUGUUGCCCAUCUGAACCAUGAGAAUGUGAAAAAGUCCUUGUCUUGUGCCAACCUCUCUAGCUACGACAGCCAACCGCUGGCACCUCUCACCUCCAAGCAGAUAACGUCCAUCAAGAAGGUCUCCAGCACCACUGGUGGUGGCUCUCCAAAAAGGGUCAUAGUCCAAGCUUCCACUGGGGAGCUCCUGAAAUGCCUAGGGGAAUUUCUCUGCAGGAGAUGUUACCGCUUAAAACAUUUGUCACCCACAGACCCUAUUCUUUGGCUGCGUAGUGUGGAUCGCUCCUUGCUUCUCCAAGGAUGGCAAGACCAAGCCUUUGUCACCCCAGCCAAUGUGGUUUUUGUCUACUUGCUCUGCAGGGACGUCAUUGAUGGGGACUCUGUGGCCACUGAGCAUGACUUGCAAGCCACACUAUUGACCUGCCUGUAUCUAUCCUACUCUUACAUGGGCAAUGAGAUCUCCUACCCUCUCAAACCUUUCCUGGUGGAAGCGGGCAAAGAUGCCUUCUGGGACCGAUGUCUUUGCAUCAUUGAUGCCAUGAGUGCCAAGAUGCUGAGAAUAAACGCGGACCCUCACUAUUUUACCCAGGUGUUUGCUGACCUAAAAAAUGAAGGCAACCGCGAUGAGUUUUCUAGAGUACUGGACCGGUGACUGUCCCAGGAGAGAAAAAGUCAAACAAUGUUACAGCACUUGAAGGUCAGGUCUGAUUUCCACCAUCUCUGGCCAACCUUGAUCCAGUAGCCAAAAAAAAGGGACCACAUUCAGCCUUUUGUGCAUUGUCCACGUUGAGAAGCGGUGGAAAUCUGAGGCACCUUGGCCACCAUCCAACGUGCAACUUUAUUUGAGGCCAUCAAGUGCCUGGCACUCACAUCACCUUUUCUCUCGCUGUAGUAUCUUCUGAGGAUGGAAGAGUCACUACUCCUUACUACUCCUGGGUAGAAGCUGCUUGCACUCAUCCCAAAGCACCAGACUCUUACCUCCAACCAGUAUUUUUGUAUAAAUGUGCAAUUCGGAGUCAUGGGAUGGAAAAAUAAUGACUCAUGGGAGUUUCGCCUUAUUCCUGUGUCUCCUAUUUAUAGAUGGGAGCUGGGAAUAUUUGAGAAGCCUCCAGAGAUGAGGAGGCCAAGAGGCCCCCAGUGGCUGGGGGAAUCCUGAGAUGGGUAAUGGUGGACGGUGCAGUCUCUUCUCCAAUCCCUUUGUAUACAUGAAUGCGAACGUGUCAGACUUUAUUUAAGAACACUGUAUUGGUAACAAUACCUCCUCUUUUAUUUUAUGUCUGUGGUUUUAGCCCUAACAUGACAGAGGUUGGGCUGCAGUGUGGGGUGGGCCUGAGAGGGCCGCUGGCCGUAUUUUAUCUUCAGAAAUAAUAGGUCGCUUCCAGGCGCAAUAAUAGGACGUUUACUGCAGAUUAUCCAGUUAUUACAGAUUACGUGCAAGGAAAUGCAUAACAUCAGCCAUGUACCGAGCCGUAUAGUCUGUUUCUAGAGCUCUGUUCAGGCAGAAUGGGGAUUUAUUUCUAAUAAAGAGACAAAUUGAGGGGCUUAAUCAUGUUGUAGCAAUGUCAUGUCCUUAUUGCCUCGAUUUAUCAAUAAGUGACAGAUUUCACUGUGAGUGAUAAAUUGCACCAGCCAAUCAGCUCCUAACUGCCAUGUUACAGACUGUUGCCCUUAUUUAUCAAUGGGUGAUACAUUUCACUGUGAGUGAUAAAUUGCACCAGCCAAUCCGCUCCUAGCUGUAAUUUUUCAAACCCAGCCUGUGAAAUGGAAGUUAGGAGCUGAUUGGCUGGUGCAAUUUAUCACUCACAGUGAAAUGUAUCACUCAUUGGUAAAUAAGGGCAUGUGUUUGAAAAAUGACAGUUAGGAGCGGAUUGGCUGGUGCAAUUUAUCACUCACAGUGAAAUGUAUCACUCAUUGGUAAAUAAGGACAUAUGUGCGGUAUACAUCACUUACCAAGGAGCACAGAUCUAUGGUAGAUGGCUUGUGGUGUAUUGUGCAAUUGCUGCAUAGCUAGAGGAUUGCAGGAUAUUGGUAUACCUGUGCUCAAGCAGGAACAGCCAGCCUGAACUCUGAUAGCCGAGUGAUUACUUAUCUGGUUUGUUGAUGCUCGCACACUGAUCUGGCUUUAAAUGAAUGAGAAAUAGAUUGACGCGCAGGGAGCCUGUGACAUGUCGUGUCUCCAGGGCGUCUGUUUUAUAUUACAUGAGCUACAUGCACACAGCUUCAUCCGGCAGACGCCGCCUAUAGAGGGAGCGCAGCAUCCGAUCUGUGCAUCAGGAUGAGGGCUGCAUCCAGAUAAUAGUCAUGUAUUCUGUAACACUGACAAACAGGCUUCCGUCUACACAUUUAGGGGGAGAUGAAUCAAACCUUGGAGAGAGAUAAAGUGGAGAGAAGUAAAGUACAAACCUAUCAGCUCCUGUCAUUUUUCAAACACAGCCUGUGACGUGGCAGUUUAUUCGGUACUUUAUCUCUCUCCAAGAUUUGAUACAUGUUCCCCAUCAUUGUACACAUUGCCGAUGACUGUGUGAGGAAUGCAGUAUUGUUAUGGCCUGCAUACAGCGUUAAGUUGGGUUCUGUGUGUGACCAGGGAUUGCAGCCGAGAAGUGGGCUGGGGUUCCUCCACACACCCAAUUAUUUUGCUUGAUUUGUAUAAAUAAAUCAUUUUCCAUCUCA